CUUUGUUCUUCGCUGACGAUUUAAGUCCAUUAUUGAGCAGUUUUCUUUCCUCUCCCACCUUUUUAGCAUUUUUAGAUCUCUGAAAUUGCGAUUGUCUCUCCUCUCGAACGAUCUUCUUCAACGCUUUGUUUCCUGCAAUGAAGCCAGGAGGAUCUGCAUUGAACCCGUACGCAGCAGCUUACGUACCACUCUCCAAAAGAGAGGGUUAUUUGGGUGGCGAAGAGUUGCGAUCUGCAAAGCCUGUCACACAUCAGGUGCAGCACCAACCCUACGUACCUCAUGGUUUUGGAUUCCAAGGAAUGGGAAGUUUUCCAGGCUCUCAAAUGUCGAUGCCAAAGACAUCUUCUGACAUGGCAUACAAGCAGAUGAGGGAUGAGGAUAUGGAGAUGGACAUGGACAUUGAGUACCUUUUAGUCACAUUCCCUGGUCUGUCACAUGAGUCCAUCAAUGAUGUAUACUUGGCCAACAGUGGUGAUCUGGAUGCAACUAUCGAAAUGUUGAAUCAGCUCGAGAUUUACAGUACUGAAGCACAGGAAUACCUCCCAGACACACUUGACAUUGGCGACGUACCUGAAACCACCGAGCCUUCUACCUCGACAGCACCAAAACAAAAGAAUGCAAGUGGAUCAUCAUCAUCAUCCUCGGGUACCCCCAACGCUCCUGCAUCCUCCUCCUGAUUUGAUGAGUCCUUAAAUGUGAAGUUUUCUUCUCUUAUUUUCAUGCAAUGGAUGAUAUGAAAAGUUGAUGGUUUAUCUUAGGAUAUCUCUUUCUAUAUAAUUUCCCGCCUUUGUAUCUGGGAAAAGAGAGUACAAUGUAUAGAUUUUUAAUUUUCAGUUUGGAUUUCUCUUUCUCUGUUGAGAAUUGGGAUUGUCUUCUGGUGGAGAAAGCUAUGAAUCAUAAGCCUCUCUGCUCUUUUGACCA